AUGAAGAUCAAUCUGAUUUUCACCAUCUUCCUCACCAUAAUUUUGGGGAUACAAUCACCCAAUGGAACGAGUCAUUUGGCCACCGCCCAACAGUACCCUGAUGCCGACACCCUCAAGAAAAAUCCCGCCAAAUUAGACGAGGUCACCAAAUCCAUCUAUACUAGAUUCAAUGAUAUAUCCUUACUUUUUCAUGAUGAUGCCAUCAAUGAUCUUAGCUUCUGCAUGAAAAACAUAACUGCUGAGUGGAAUGAAGCUUUUGAUUUCUCUCAUGAUACGAAAUUCUUGUCAAACUGCAUCCAGAAAACCAAUGGAAAUAUUGCACGGCGCUUGUGCACUGCGGCAGAUAUAAAAUUCUACGUUACUGUUGUCUCAGAAACUGAAAAACAAGGAUUUAAGACGUCUAGUUAUGUGAAAGGUAACACAAACUGUAAUCUUACCUCUUGGGUUCCUGGAUGCGAGCCGGGUUGGGCUUGUGCUGUUGGGAAAGAUGUUGAGGUCAAUCUAAAAAACAAAGAUGAGAUGCCUUUUAGAACUUUCGAUUGUCAACCUUGUUGUGAAGGUUUCUUCUGUCCAACUGGUCUCACCUGUAUGAUACCUUGCCCUGCUGGCUCUUACUGUCCUCUUGCUCGUCUCAACCCAAAUACUAAUAUAUGCGAUCCAUAUCGCUAUCAACCACCUCCAGGAGUGACCAACCAUAGUUGUGGCGGAGCAGAUGUCUGGGCAGCUGUAGUGAAUAGUCGUGAGGUAUUUUGUCCAGCAGGGUUCUUCUGUCCGUCUUCCAUUGAGAAAUAUUCUUGCGAACCUGGGCAUUACUGCAGGCUUGGAUCAACAAAGCAAGCAGAGUGUUAUCAAUUGGCUAAAUGUGACAAAGAGGCUGAUCACCAGAAUAUCACUGCAUAUGGACUAAUGAUUUGUGGCGCGUUGACACUUCUGCUUCUCUUUUUUUACAACUGUACGGAUCAGGUUAUCUCCACUAGAGAAAGAAGGAAAGCAAAAUCAAGAGAAGCUGCUGCACUAAAUGCGAAGGAGUUAGCACAGGAAAGAUGGAAGUCUGCAAAAGAGGGUGCGAAGAAAAAAGCUGUUGGGAUACAAAGCUCAUUUUCACAAACAUUUUCUCGUAAGAAGCUUUCUAUAUCAGACAUGCCCAAGGAUCCAGGUCAAUCUAGCCUUGUACCUGGUGCCUUUUCAUCCAAAGAUGAAAGUGAGGAUCAGAACAACCUUACAUUGAUGAUGCGUGAUAUUGAAGAGGAUCCUGAAAGUCAUGAUGGUUUCAAUAUGGAGAUUGGAGAUAAAAGCACGAAGAAAGGGUUAAGACCCAAGAAGUUACAUACUCGUAGCCAAAUUUUUAAGUAUGCAUAUGGUGAGAUUGAAAAGGAAAAAGCGCUGCAGCAGCAAAAUUCAAAUUUGAGAUUCUCUGGGGUUAUUCCUAUGGCUACUGAUACAAAUAUCAGGAGUAGGCCAAGAAUUGAGGUUUCUUUUCAAAACCUGACUCUUACUUUGAAGGGAAAAAAUAAACAUCUCUUAAGGUGUGUGACUGGAAAAAUUUCACCCGGGCGUGUAUCAGCUGUGAUGGGUCCUUCUGGAGCGGGUAAAACAACAUUUCUUUCUGCUUUAACCGGAAAAGCAAGGGGAUGCACUGUAAAUGGAUCGAUUCUUAUAAAUGGGAAGAACCAAUCUAUGAACUCAUACAAAAAAAUUAUUGGCUUUGUUCCUCAAGAUGAUAUAGUGCAUGGCGACUUGACUGUGGAGGAGAAUCUUUGGUUCAGUGCCAAGUGCAGGCUUCCAGCAAAGCUUUCUCGAGCCGAAAAGGUUCUUGUUGUAGAAAGAGUUAUUGAGUCUUUAGGGCUGCAUCCUGUGAGGAAUUCUUUAGUUGGGACAGUGGAGAAGCGAGGAAUAUCUGGGGGCCAGAGAAAGCGAGUAAAUGUUGGUCUAGAAAUGGUUAUGGAACCUUCUCUGUUAAUCUUGGAUGAACCCACUUCCGGUCUGGACAGUUCUUCUUCUCAGUUGCUACUUAGAGCACUUCGCCGUGAAGCUCAUGAAGCAGUUAAUGUGUGCAUGGUGGUACACCAGCCAAGCUAUAGCUUAUUCAGGAUGUUCGAUGACUUGAUACUUCUGGCAAAGGGUGGCCUUGUUGCCUAUCUUGGUCCGGUGAAAAGAGUUGAAGAAUACUUUUCAGGCCUUGGUAUCCAUGUACCUGAGCGUGUCAAUCCUCCAGAUCACUAUAUCGAUAUAUUGGAGGGGAUUGUAAAGCCCAACACAAGCUCAGCGGUGAACUACAAAGAGCUUCCUGUCAAAUGGAUGUGUCAUAAUGGUUAUCCUGUACCACCAGACAUGAUGGGUUCUGAUUAUAAGGCAGGAUCUUCAGCUGGACUAGAUUCUGCUGAAGGCUCAAGCUCAGGCUCGACUGCCAGAGGGGCUGAUGAUCAAUCUUUUGCUGGAGAAUUAUGGCAGGAGUUCAAGCUCUUUAUUCACAUGAAGAGUGGCAAUUUUCUAAAUUGUUUCUCGAGGAAAGACUUAUCUAACCGCAUAACCCCUGGUGUAUGUCGACAGUAUAGAUACUUUCUGGGGAGGGUGGCAAAACAGCGAAUACGGGAAGCUAGGCUACAAGCUGUGGAUUUUCUGCUAUUGUUAAUAGCUGGAAUCUCUCUAGGAACACUUGCUAAAGUGAGUGAUGAAAACUUUGGAGCAGUUGGAUAUACUUACACCAUCAUUGCAUUUUCUUUACUCGGCAAGAUUGCGGCUAUGAGAUCAUUUACGUUGGAUAAGUUGCAAUUCUGGCGAGAACGGUCUUCUGGAAUGAGUUGCUUUGCGUACUUUUUUUCAAAGGAUACAAUUGACCACUUCAACACCGUAAUAAAGCCGGCAGUUUACCUCUGCACAUUUUAUUAUUUCAACCCCCCAAGGUCUUCCAUCUUGGAUAAUUACAUCAUCUUGCUUUGCUUGUUGUACUGUGUAUCUGGCUUUGCUUAUGCACUAGCCAUCUACCUUGAACCUGGUUCUGCCCAACUGUGGUCGGUGCUGCUUCCAGUCGUCUUGACUCUUAUCGCAAGCCAGAAUGAAGACAAGGGUUCGGUUGUAACUCUUCUCAAGAAGGUUUGUUAUCCUUCAUGGGCUUUGGAGGCAUUCUUACUAGCUAAUGCCGAAAGAUACCGAGCGGUGUGGUUGCUAACAAGAUGUGCUGCAAUUGCCAAGAGAGGUUAUGAUCUAAGGGACUGGAAACUUUGCCUGAUUCGGCUAUUAGUCUCUGGUUUAGUUUUUCGUAUUUUAGCUUUGUUCUUGUUAGUGGCCUUCCAGAAGAAGUAA